CAGACACUGCCACACUGACACAGAGAACCUCAAUCUCAACACAGGAAACACUAUCAUGAAGGUUUUUGUGGUGCUUGCACUUGCAGUAUUUUCUGCAGGCUGUCAUGCCAAUAUUCUGUGGGCUGAUGAGCCCAAACCACAGUUGGAACAGGUGACAGAUGCAUUCUGGGAGUAUGUUGCCAAGGCUACGCAAACUACUGAGGAGACUCUGAAGAUGAUCAAAGAGUCUCAGCUGGGCCAAGCGGUCAAUACCAGGAUCACAGAGAGCGCUGAUGUGGCCAACCAAUAUGCGGUGGCUCUGCGCAGUCAGCUGACUCCACUUGCCCAAGACAUGUUUACCAAGGUUUCCCAGGAGUCCGAACUCCUGAGAGAGCGCCUAGAGAAGGAAUUGAGUACUGUGACAGGAGAGCUGGAACCCUAUGCUGUGGAGCUGAGGGCCAAAAUCCAGCAGCAGGUGGAGCAGCUGAAGCAGGAGGUGGCUCCUUAUGCCGAUUCCCUGGACACCGAAGCCCUGAAGACCACCCUGCUCCAGAAGAGUGAAGAAUUGAAGGCCAGCCUAGAUGAGAACAUGCUGGAGCUGCGGACCAAGCUGGGCCCAUACACUGAGGAGCUCCGGGAGAAAGUGGACCAGCAUCUGAAGGAGUUCAAGAAUAACGUGGCUCCUCUGGCUGAGAACAUCCAGAGCCAGGUGGUCCUGAGAACAAAGAUGGUCCAGCAGAGUCUGGAACCUUAUGCUGAAGAACUGAGGGAGAAGCUGGACCCCUAUGCCCAGGACCUGAAGACCCAGCUGAGUUCACUCUGGGAAUCCUUUUCAAAACGUGUCUGAAUAUGCACUAGUUCUAAGAGUCCUGUACUCCCACGAUCUGUUAGCAACUGAAUGACAUUAGAGGCAAACAAACAUGGAAUACUGAUAUGAUAAUGCAGACAAAGGCCUCCUCAACCAAAGUUAAGCUUUGUAAUUCUAUAUAUAAAUAUUUAUUACCAUGUUUGUUUAUAUUCUAUUCAUUGUAUGACAAUGAACUGCUUUAAUCCUGCACUGAAAUAAAAGAGGAUGUUGAGGAGCUCAUAAUGUCUCUGUUUUUACUCUAUUUUGAUUG